GAGAACCCGUAAUCAGCCGAUGUACUCGUUCGUGUUCGUCAACAAAAAAAUAAAGAGAAGACGUCAUCAAACCGAUGGCCUGUAAACAUGACUCGAACAAAGCCAGAGCUCUGUCGCCGACGCCGCAGUUCUACAAGCGGAAACUGCCCGACGCCUGCAUCUCGUUCUGCUCCGCCCUAGGCAAGCAGCUGUUCGCCGAGGCCCUGUCGUCUGGUCACAUGGAGUGCUACUUCAAGCUGGCCGCCCAGUUCCGCACCCAGGACGAGCCGGCCUACUGCGGCCUCACCACGCUGGUGGUGGCGCUCAAUGCGCUGGACGUGGACCCGGGCAGGGUGUGGAAGGGCCCCUGGCGCUGGUAUCACGAGGACAUGCUCCACUGCUGCGUGCCGCUCGACAUCAUUCAGAAGAACGGCAUCAACAUCGACGAGUUCGUCUGCAUAGGCACGUGCAACUCGCUGAACGUGAAGGCCGUGCGUGUGCACGAAUCUAAAGUGACGGAGGACAUGUUCAGAGACGUCGUCAAGCAGUACAGCCGGCGCGACGAUGCCUUCCUCGCCCUGUCCUACUCGAGGGCAGUUCUCGGCCAGACCGGGGACGGGCAUUUCUCCCCUCUCGGAGGCUACCACCCUGGCAAGGACUUGCUGCUCAUUCUAGACCUGGCUCGCUUCAAGUACCCGCCUCACUGGGUGUCACUGUCGCUCAUCUACAAGGCGAUGAAGGCUGCAGACAAAGCCACUGGAUUGCCACGUGGUUUCAUGACGUUGUCCCGGAGUUUGAAACAUAUGCUCGUCCUAGUUCGGCUUUGUGAACAUUUAAGCAUUCGUUCCCGCCCGAACCAGAUGCAGAGCGUGACGUCAUUCAUCAAACGCUGGAACGCCUGGCUGCAGGCGCACCUGUCUUCACGCGCCAUCGUUCAGUCACUGGACAACACCAGCCAAGAAGAUGCGACUGCCAUUACACGGGAAUGCUGCCAGGAAUUCGUCCGGUUUCUCCUAGAACUGGAUUCCGGAAUCCGUCUGAUGACACUCCAGCCGGGGAUAAAGUGUCCCAGGGAGAUCGCCCAGCAACUAGACUGCUUCGUGGGUCGGUUAGUGCGCGAGCUCGAGACGUCAGCAGCUUUUAGCGAGAUGGCCAAGGUGAUGCAGGAUCUUAACCUUCCUGACAGGCAGAAGCUGGAUGAGACUUUCCCGCUACUGGAGGAGAAGCCGUUGUGUUCCGUGUACGACAAACUGACGUCAGUGCACCUCGCUACCAUUCUCCUCCUCGCCUGGCCGGAGGUAUGCGGAGAGGACGAGACGCCCGUCUGUCGAACUAGCUGUUCCUAUGGCAACAAGAGGGAUGAUCCUCCCUCAGGCACACUAGCGUCCGAGUUGUGUGCCCUGCGAGAACAGCUUCUGGUGGUACUUAAUUUCCGAGAGGAGUUCGUGUGUAACAGCAAAGCGUGUGUUAUGCCGAAAUGUCUAUACUAAAGCUGUAUCCAAACCGUACACGUGCGACGCGAAAUAAUUAUAUGUCGUGUCGCACGUAUGCGGUUAGGAUGCGGCAAUUAAAAUCAAUGAUUUCUAAAAUAAUCGCUCGCGUCCGGUUAAGCUGUAUCCUAACUGGAGGCGAGCGAUUAUUAUAGAAAUCAUUGAUUUCAAUUACUGCAUUCUAACUGCACGCGUGCGGCGCGACAGAUAAAUACGGUUAGGAUACAGCUUUAAGGUACAGAAAGAAAGAAAGAAAUGUUUUAUUUAACGACGCACUCAACACAUUUUAUUUACGGUUAUAUGGCGUCAGACAUAUGGUUAAGGACCACACAGAUUUUGA